GAGUGGCAAGCCCUGAUUGGCGGGGCGCGGGCGAGCCAAUCAGAGAGGGGCACCUCAGAAGCAAGCUCGGCGUUUUUUAAAACCCCGCGCACGGUGGGCGCGCACACCCCUUCGCUUGCACAAUCCUUCAUGGGCAUGCCUUGGAGCUGGGCGAGUGGGAGGUGUGCUGGUUAAUUGAUCCGCGCAAGCGCCCUCGCGGCUGCUCGGCAUUGCAAAAAAAAAAAAAGACGCUGUGGAUUUUUAAAAUAUAUAUAUAAAAUUUUUUUUGCAAGUUUUUUUAGCAUUUUUUUUUUUUUGCAUAGAACUUAAAGACAGCUCCCAGGAAGCAGGAUUUGCACCCGGGCCCCGCUGAUUGGCUGGACGCGCCAGUGGUUCCUUUGCCUCCCCCAGCCAAUCGGAGAAAAGGGCUCUCCUGCUGGGAAAAAGAGAUCCCUCCGGGAGACGCCGCCGUGGAGGCCCAGGCGAAGAUGGGGAAGGCGCGCCGAGUCUGCCUGCUGACCCUCCUUCUGGCCCUAGCCCAGAUCGCCCUCCUCGCCAGGGGCCAAGAAGAGGAGCCAGGGGCAGAAUCUCUUGCCGAAGAGGAGGAGGUGGAGGAUGAGGACGACGAAGAUGAAGUUGAUGAUUCAGAAGUGAAAGAAGAAAAUGGCGUGCUAGUGCUCAACGAUGCAAACUUCGAUACGUUUGUUGAAGGCCAAGAUACGGUGCUUUUAGAAUUCUAUGCCCCCUGGUGUGGACAUUGCAAGCAGUUUGCUCCAGAAUAUGAGAAGAUCGCCAAAACACUGAGGGAAAAUGAUCCUCCUAUCCCGGUUGCCAAAAUAGAUGCCACGGCAGCCUCCGCCGUGUCAAGUCGUUUUGAUGUUGGCGGCUACCCAACCAUCAAAAUUCUGAAGAAGGGGCAGCCAGUGGAUUAUGACGGCUCAAGGACAGAAGCAGAAAUUGUAGCAAAAGUGAAAGAGGUUUCACAGCCUGAUUGGACCCCUCCACCCGAAGCCACCUUGGUGCUGACAAAAGAUAACUUUGAUGAAACCGUGAAUGAGGCUGACAUUAUCUUGGUUGAAUUCUAUGCGCCAUGGUGUGGACACUGUAAGCAGCUGGCUCCAGAAUAUGAGAAGGCGGCCAAAGAACUCAGCAAACGAAUUCCCCCUAUUUCCCUGGCCAAAGUGGAUGCUACUGCUGAAACAGAUCUCGCCAAGAGAUUCGAUGUGUCUGGAUACCCAACGCUCAAGAUCUUCCGCAAGGGCAAAGCAUUUGACUACAAUGGUCCAAGAGAAAAAUACGGAAUUGUGGAUUACAUGAUAGAGCAGGCUGGCCCCCCUUCGAAACAGAUCCAGGCUGUCAAACAGGUGCAAGAAUUUAUGAAAGAUGGAGACGACGUCAUCAUCAUCGGGGUGUUCAGAGGAGAUCGGGACCCAGCCUACCAGCUGUAUCAAGAUGCUGCUAACAGUCUAAGGGAAGAUUUCAAGUUCCGUCACACCUUCAGCAGUGAAAUCUCAAACUUCUUGAAAGUGGAUCCUGGGAAACUGGUGGUGAUGCAGCCCGAAAAAUUUCAGUCAAAAUAUGAGCCCAAAAUGCAUAUCUUGGACAUUAAAGAGUCCACCGAUGCUGCUGCAGUUAAAGAGCAUGUGGUGAAAAACGCGUUGCCUCUGGUUGGUCAUCGCAAGAGUUCCAAUGACGCAAAGAGAUAUGGAAAGAAACCUCUUGUGGUUGUAUAUUACAUGGUCGACUUCGGUUUUGACUAUCGUGUGGCUACUCAGUACUGGCGGAGCAAAGUUUUGGAGGUGGCGAAGGACUUUCCAGAAUAUACAUUUGCCAUUGCUGAUGAAGAAGACUAUUCCACUGAGAUCAAGGACCUGGGGCUGAUUGACAGCGGAGAAGAUGUCAAUGCGGCCAUCUUUGAUGAAGGGGGCAAGAAAUAUGCCAUGGAACCAGAAGAGUUUGACUCAGAUGUGCUACGAGAAUUUGUCUUGGCAUUCAAGAAAGGUAAACUAAAACCCAUUGUGAAAUCCCAGCCAAUACCCAAAAAUAACAAGGGCCCCGUGAAGAUUGUGGUUGGUAAAACGUUUGAUUCCAUAGUACUGGAUCCUAACUCUGAUGUCCUCAUAGAACUGUACGCCCCCUGGUGUGGGCACUGCAAGAAACUUGAGCCUAUCUAUCUAGAGUUGGGUAAAAAAUACAAGAAUCAGAAGAACCUGGUCAUUGCCAAGAUGGAUGCUACCGCCAACGACAUUGCCAACGACAGCUACAAAGCCGAAGGAUUCCCCACCCUCUAUUUUGCGCCCAGCAACAAUAAGAAUAAUCCAAUUAAGUUUGAAGGCGGAGAGAGAGAUCUGGAACACUUGAGCAAAUUUGUAGAAGAACAUGCCACCAAACUGAGCAGAACAAAAGAAGAACUUUGAGUGGCGCAUAGAUCGUCCAAUGGGAAGGGAGGAGUUGAUGCAAAGUUAGAGAGAUUCACAGGAACCGCUCAGCAUCUGGAGCACUGGGAGUUCAGGGGGGAUAACAAAACAAUGCAGUUGGAAACUUUAUUACACAAGAAAUAUGGACACUGAACUUUUCUGAUGUGAUUUUUUUUUCAUUAAACAGUUCUUUAUCUCAUGAGAAAAAUACAUUAUUUUUUGUGACUAACUGAA